AUGGGAAACACAAUAUCAUACGGCACGACCGAUUGCAUCCUUGAUCUCGGAUCAAAGGGUAGCAUCAAAGGCGUGCAGUACGACAACAAAGCUCGUCGCUACGCCGGUGUCCCAUACGCGCUCCCACCAACCGGGCCGCACCGUUGGCGGAAGCCGCGUCCACUUCCUCCUUCCUUCAAAUAUGAUGACGGUCAAGGCAAGCCGUUUAAUGCCACAAAAUUUGGGCCAGUCUGCCCUCAACAGGCUUUUCAUCUCAAUGUCGAGUCUGAAGGCACCGAGGCGUUCAGCGAGGAUUGUUUGUUCGUGAAUAUCUGGACGCCUGUUGAGGAGAAGAAUUCCAGAGACGCGGAGGGCAAAUGGCCUGUGUACAUCUGGCUUCAUGGAGGCUGGUUCCAGAUAGGAGAUCCUUCACAAGAAGUGGGCAUGGAUCCCACAGAGUUGAUUUCAACCGGGAAACUGAACGCUAUUGUUGUAGCCGCUGGCUAUAGACUCAACGUCUUUGGAUUCCUCGCUGGGAAAGUCUUCCUCGAAGACAGUGGUGGUAAAGCAGCGGGCAAUUUCGGUCUUUGGGAUCAACGAUUGGCCAUGGAGUGGGUGAGGGAUAAUAUCGAGGCCUUCAAUGGUGACUCGACGAAUAUCACUUUGGCCGGGAGGAGCGCUGGUGCGUAUAGUGUUCAUGCUCAAGUCCUGCACGAAUUUCGCACACCAGUCACUUCAUCCGUCCAGAAGCAGCUCUUCCGUAGAUUCUUCAUGUGUUCGAAUACGAUUCCUGCUCAGCCCAAGACAAUCGCCGAAUCCGAGUCACAAUUCGAGGAAAUGUGCGAGUACUUCAAGAUAUCGUCAAGUCUGUCAGGGGUUGAACAAGUAGCUGAAUUGAGAAAGUUGAGCUUCAAGGAUUUACUUCACUCUAUCAGCAAACUCAAGAACCAUACUUUCCGGCCUAUCACAGACAAUCUCUUCUUCCAUUCCGGGAUGGUCGAGUAUCAAAACAACGGAAACUUUGCAGCAGACUUCAAGAAACGCAACAUGAAGCUCUUAAUCGGCGAGGUUCUCAAUGAGGAAACACUUUACGCCACUUACAACAGUCCUCAAGAAGCCACUCUGGAAUCGCUGAAAAGGCAAAUUUCGAACUAUUACGCUCCCGCGACUACAGAGCGGAUAUUGAAGCAUUAUGGCUGGCCGGAAUCAAAUGACUUGCUUGAAUGGAAAGCACACUUUGGGAAGAUCAUUGCGGAUGGGCAGGUUAGAGCGCCUUCGAGAGCUUUGGUUAAUGAUUUGGGGAAGCAUGGCGUGAGUAUCGAAGAUAUUUGGAGGUACCGGGUAGCUUAUAGGUUGUCAUUCAUCACUGAGCAGGUUGCUCCCGCAUCUUUUGGAGUUUCUCAUGCUAUGGAUAAGCCGUUUUGGAAUUUUUCAAUCAUGCAUGGUCCAACUUCUGCUGAGAGGAAGUUGAUGGAAGAUUGGAUUUCCAUGCUAGUCGCCUUUGUAAAUGGGGAUUCAACUUACCAGUUCGGCACAAGUUCUGUUGAAGAGAUGAAAGUUGCUACCCCGGACGGCACGAUCGAGGUGCAAGAAGAUUCGCGAUGGACACAGCUCGUCGAACUUGGAGAAAUCUUUGCUAGCGGCUGA